AUGACAACAGUAGGAUAUGAGGUGUUACCAAUGACAACAGUAGGAUAUGAGGUGAUACUAAUGACAACCAUAGGAUAUGAGGUGAUACUAAUGAAAACAGUAGGAUUUGAGGUGAUACCAAUGACAACAGUAGGAUUUGAGGUGAUACUAAUGACAGCAGUAGGAUAUGAGGUGAUACUAAUGACAACAGUAGGAUAUGAGUUGGUACUAAUGACAACAGUAGGAUAUGAGGUGAUACCAAUGACAACAAUAGGAUAUGAGGUGAUACCAAUGACAACAGUAGGAUUUGGGGUGAUACCAAUGACAACAGUAGGAUUUGAGGUGACACUAAUGACAACAGUAGGAUAUGAGGUGACACUAAUGACAACAGUAGGAUAUGAGGUGAUACUAAUGACAACAUUAGGAUAUGAGGUGGUACUAAUGACAACAGUAGGAUAUGAGGUGAUAUUAAUGACAACAAUAGAAUAUGAGGUGAUACUAAUGACAACAGUAGGAUAUGAGGUGAUACUAAUGACAACAUUAGGAUAUGAGGUGGUACUAAUGACAACAGUAGGAUAUGAGGUGGUACUAAUGACAACCAUAGGAUAUGAUGUGAUACUAAUGACAACAUUAGGAAAUGAGGUGGUACUAAUGACAACAGUAGGAGAUGAGGUGAUACUAAUGACAACAAUAGGAGAUGAGGUGGUACUAAUGACAACAGUAGGAGAUGAGGUGAUACUAAUGACAACACUAGGAUAUGAGGUGAUACUAAUGACAAUCCACUUCGACAUGUCCAUCCCAAAAAAGUAA